AUGAAUAUACCACUGCGAAAGAAACUCUUUGAGCGGGCUUUUGAGUAUUCUGAAAGCGUUUUAGUCACUUUCAAAGGCGUUGAUGGCUGGGAUGUCUACAAUUGUUCGGUACCGUUUUUAUGGAAAGGCAAACGACACAUCUACGGCCGUGUAGAGAAGCGCGAGGAGUGGGCAAGUUCACAUGUGAGCCCAUUUGUGGAAACCGGAAAAGACGAGUAUACGGCCUUGCCGGGGUGUUCGUGGAGUUUGGAGGAUCCUUUUAUUCAAAAAAUCAACGAGGAAUUCAUUCUCGGUGGCACCCAUGUCGUGAAAAAAGGCCAAACGAUCGUUUCUUACUGCGGGUACUUCUUUCGUGGCCCUUCCCCGACGGAGUUGCGUUUUUUCGCGUCGGGGCCGAAAAAUAUGAAAGAUAUUCGCCUGGUUCAGCUCGCGAGCGGGAAGGUUGGAGUUUUUUCCAGACCACGAGAGGCCUACAAAGCCAACGUUGGGUUUGUUGUUCUUGACCAUAUUGACGAGUUGAAUGAAGAGGCCGUCAAACGGGCGACGCCGCUCGAUUUAUUCGAGGACGGGACCUGGGGUGGUGUCAAUCAAGCUUACCUCCUCUCCAGCGGGAAAGUGGGCUGUAUUGCGCAUUACAGCUUUCGCAAUACCGAUCAACCUCACAAUCCCCUUUUGGUCUACGUGAAUUUCUCGUUUGUUUUAGAUCCACAAACUUUAGCGGUUUCCGGUUCGAAGAUUAUUGGGACCCGAAGUUGUUAUCCACUUUGCGCGGCCAAAAGGGAUUAUCUGAUAGAUUGCGUCUUUACAUCUGGCAUUGUUAUGCGGCCGGAUGGGCGAUGCGAUUUAUACAGUGGGAUAGGUGAUACACACGAGGGUAGGAUCGUCAUCGAUUAUCCUUUCCGAAAUGAUGGCAAAAUUGUGAAUGACCUGUGUGCUGCCCAGACACAAUCAUCACUAUAG